GGAACAUCGCGCCGUUCAGAUUUAAAAUGCUUCUGCCUUACUAUCUUUUAGCUGCCGCCGCUGCGGUUACAGCUUCUCCUACGGUGUACCUCAUUCGCCACGGAGAGAAGCCAGAUGAUGGCGGCACCGGUCUUAGUACUCAGGGAAUCGAGCGCGCUCAAUGCAUUCGACAAGUCUUCGGCAAAAGCUCCGGCUACAACAUUGGCUAUAUUUUGGCAAUGACGCCUAAGAGCAACGGCAAGCGGGCCCGUCCAUACGAGACGGUUCAUCCCUUGGCCGAAGACUUGGGCCUGACGGUUGAUACUUCAUGUGACCGUGAUGACCCCAAAUGCGUUAAAGAUGCCAUCGACAAAUACGAUGGCGAUGGGAAUGUUUUGAUCUGCUGGCAGCACACGGCGCUCACAGAUAUCAUCAAGGAGCUUGGGGACGAUGAUGCCCCGACUUAUCCGAAAGGACGGUUCGACGUGAUUUGGACUGACCCUUCACCAUACUCGAAAAUCACGGAAGAGUCCAGUGAGCAAUGCCCAGGGCUGGAUAAUUGAGAAUAGAUGUGGUCUCCGAAAAAAGCAAUAGAGGUUGGCAUUCUAUGCCCGUUGACUCUCUUAUUAUUAUUUCUACCUAUUUGUUUCCUACAAUUACAACAACUUCGUU